ACCCCUCAUAGGACGGGACUUCGCAGAUUCUCACUCGCCUCGUUCCUUUUCUUCUCAUUCCCAUCUUCUUGUGCGACGCGCGUACGAUUUUUUCGACCCACCCACCAUCCCAUUUCCAUCCUAGCGUUCAUUUUGGUCUUCCAGGACUUACGUCUCCUUCUGGCCCGAGGUCUGCACACGGCCUAGAUCGCAGUAGCACUACACACAGCACAUCCGAGCUCUCACGGAGCUCGUUAUCGUCAUUCCUCACAUCUCACAGCUCAAUAUACGAAGGUGGUACCUUAGUGCUUCGUACACUGUAGUCCACCGACUUCGCUACCACUGAUACCUUGAAUAUGACUCAAAUCUUGAAUGAUCCCAGAUGGUGGCCGGUAAUCAACUAUUCGCUUGUUUACAGUUAUUUUAUAGUUGCAUCAUCUGUUAUGGUGGCAUACGAUUGGGUACUGAUAUCUGGGCAAGAGUUAGAACUGAUCUGGGUACGCUUCUUUGGAGUAAUAUACUGCGGCACCAGCAUACUAUGGAAUAUCCUGUCAGUUCCGGUGACAGAUACAGUGGGCACUAUCCUUUGGGUCAUACAAAACUGUAUCCCUGCCGUCGUAAUGGUCAUGCUGGGCAUUGUUAUGAUCAUUCGGUUACAUGCGAUGUAUCUGGGAUCCAGGAAGAUGCUCAUCUUUCUCAUUGUGGUCUCCUUGGCACUCAUGAUCGUAACCGGAGUGAUUCUCACAGUAGCAAGUAGCUAUACUCGAGGAGAGGAGUUCGUCCUGUCUGGCAUGUAUCAGUGCGACUACAUCCCCUCAGGGGGAAAUGUCCCACUUCUCAUUAACAAUGAUUGGAUGCUCGUUACUGCACUCACAUGGGAGGUCCUCACCUUGAGUCUUGCCAUCUGGAUUGCCAUAAAACACUUCCAUGAACUGCGACAACAAUCGACAAGAUGGAAUGUCAAAGACUGUUUCACAGUGUUGAUCAAGACACACGUGUUUUACUUUGCAGCCUUUGUUCUUUUUUCUUGCUUCACAUUCAGCAAACUGUCCCCAAAGCUGCGGAACAUCUCUACUGUGGGAAUUCAACUUUAUGGUGGUGUUAUUCCAGUUCUUUCGGUUGUGCAGUUGUUUGUACUGGGACCACGCCUCAUCCUUGACAUUCGGGCAUAUAACGCGCAGGUUCUGGUCAAUUCUGACGAAGGAACUGUCGUGACUACAAUCGUAUUCCAUGAGCGCACAUACGAAUUAACUGCCAACAGUGAUGUAUAGCAUGUGUAGGUACAGUACACGAGUAUUUCAGUGAUAUGCGACCAUAUGCACUCGAGAGGUGGAAGACUCCAUGUUGAGGUAAUGUGAUGGAUACUUUCAAAUUAUUGGGUUGUAUCUAGAAAUUUAUAUGCGCCAUGCGUGUGCGUCCUCGCUGCCAACCCAGAAUACAGCGCAAUCUGUUUGUCCAGCGCGUUCGCCUCACAUUCCUCAGGCUUGACCGUCGGCUUGUUUAAGUCCAACUUGCCUCGGUUUCCGAUCGCGCUGUAUUGUAUUCCACCUGUUUGUAAAACAACUUUAUAUGUGAAAGUGAAACUUGUUACUUGGGGUAGGUAGG